CCCCACCACUCUUGACGGACAAUGAGCAAAGCUCUAUAUAUGACGUCACCGGAGUAGGUCGCGGCACUCAGCUGACGACUGCAUUCAGAAGUUCGAGAGGCCGUAACUCAUUCCCAUUAUACUCGUGUUCAGGCUUUAAUCAAGAAGUCAUACUAGAUCAUUUUCGAACAUGGCCGAGUCAUUGGAACAGAUGCCAAAAUCUGAGACGAUCAGACUGCGGGAGCGAUAUAUUGGGCAAGCGUGCAAAUUAUUUUACAAAUCGAACCCUUUGAAAAUUGUUCGAGCCGAGGGGCAGUACAUGUUCGAUGAGAGAGGCAAUCGUUUCUUGGACUGUAUCAAUAACGUUGCUCACGUGGGUCACUGCCAUCCAACGGUGGUGCGCGCAGGCCAAGAACAAAUGGCUUUGCUCUCCACCAACAACCGUUUCCUCCAUGACGAUCUGGUAAUCUGCGCGCGUCGUUUGACCUCGCUUCUUCCGGAACCACUGUCCAUCUGUUUCCUGGUAAACUCGGGCAGCGAGGCCAACGAUCUCGCUCUUCGUCUCGCUCAAACGCAUACCAAGAACAAGGAUAUUAUCACCUUAGAUCAUGCUUAUCAUGGCCAUUUGACUUCGAUGAUCGAUAUUUCGCCGUACAAGUUCAACAAACCGAACGGGCCUGGCAAAAAAGACUGGGUUCACGUGGCACCAUGCCCGGAUGUUUAUCGAGGGAAGUAUCGCGAUAUCGACCACCCUAACGAAGAUCUGGGCGUGAAGUACGCCGAUGAUGUGAAGAAUAUUUGUCAGAAUCUGAAGAACGAAGGCAAAGGCGUCUGCGCUUUCAUCGCUGAAAGUUUAAUGUCUGUCGGUGGGCAAAUUCUGCCACCACAGAAUUACUUCAGAAACGUGUACAAACACGUUAGAGAAGCCGGUGGUGUUUGCAUCGCGGAUGAAGUUCAAGUCGGAUUUGGAAGGGUUGGUAGUCACAUGUGGGCCUUCCAGCUUUACGGCGAGGACGCUAUACCGGACAUAGUCACCGUAGGAAAACCCAUGGGUAACGGACAUCCUGUGGCAGCUGUGAUUACGACACCGGCCAUUGCUGGAAGCUUCAAAGACACUGGAAUAGAGUACUUCAAUACGUAUGGGGGAAACCCAGUGUCUUGCGCCAUAGCAAAUGCCGUGAUGGAAGUGAUCGAGCGAGAGAAUCUUCAAGAGAACGCUUUGAAGGUUGGUAAUCAUCUGAUGACGGAAUUGAGGAAGCUGGCCAAGCGACGAAAAAUUAUCGGUGACGUACGAGGUGUCGGACUGUUCGCGGGUAUCGAGUUGGUGCGCGACAGGAUCGAGAGAAGCCCAGCGACUUCGGAAGCGAAGCACGUGGUCUCCAGGAUGAAGGACAGGAAAAUUUUGAUAAGCAGCGACGGCCCGGACGACAAUAUCUUGAAAUUGAAACCGCCGAUGGUAUUCACGAUUGAGAAUGUAAAUCACUUGGUGUCUACUUUGGACGAAGUUCUCGAGGAAGUGGACAUUGGCGUCGAAAAGAAGUACGAGCCCACGACGACUAUUUUGAAGGCGACGAUCUCUAAAAUGGACGUGGAAACGGAUAACACCACGUGUUCAAGCGGGAAGCCGUUGCUUGUUCGCGCUAAUUAACGAUUAAUUUAAGCUGAACCUUAUAUUAUAAUAUAUUUAUAAAACACGAUGGCCGUGUGCCUUAUAUUUAAGAUAUUACUGUUCGUGAGCUGAAUGACUAUUGAUAAAUAUGUUGUGCAUGUUUCUGAAGAAUAUCGUGUGUAUAUGUAUGAAAAGAAUUACAGGUGAACAGAGAGAGAUGAGACUACAGUUAAGAUUUAAUUAAACGUCGAAUUAAUAUUCGAGGUAAUAAUACUUUAGUAUAUAUAUUGUAAUAAAUAUAAUCACUAUAAAUAUACUAUAUUUUUGCAUA